AUGUUUGAUGAUAUUCGAUAUGAACUCAAUGGCGUAAAGAUUGAUCGCAACAGAAACGUUGGAAUAACCAGCACGCUCAAGAACUAUGUUACUAUGUCAUCCGACAGAAGCGUAAUCGCGAGAAAUGCCGGCUGGGAUCCAUGGAAUCCUCCAAAUGGAUAUUUUAAUUUUUGUGUACCGCUCAACAUGCUAUUAGGAUUUUGCGAAGAUUAUAGUGUGGUGAUUAACGCUCGUCACGAGUUGAUUUUAAUACGAUUACGCAAUGACAACAAUUGUCUAAUUGGCGAUCCAGCGCGACAGCCAGAAAUCGAAUUGCUCAAAGUACAGUGGCGAAUGCCGCAUGUGUCGUUGAGUGAGAAAAAUAAACUGUCGAUGCUACGUGCACUAGAAAGUGGAAAAUACCUGAGCAUGGCUUUUCGCUCAUGCGAUCUGUACGAGUUUCCACUAUUGCAGCUCACAACAAAGCAUUCGUGGGCCAUCAAGACCGCUACUCAGCUCGAGAAACCGCGGUAUGUCAUCUUCGCUUUGCAGACUGGUCGGAAAAACAACAUGUCCGAGAAUGCUAGUCGAUUCGACCAUUGCAAGUUAAACAACGUAAAACUCUACCUGAACUCGGAAUGCUACCCCUAUGAAGAUAUGAAUCUAGAUUUUGAUAGAAACAAAUGGGCUAUUCUCUACGACGCGUACGCACGUUUCUGUAAAACUUAUUACGGAUACGAUUAUCUCGAGCCUAAUCAAACUGUUACGAUGUUUCGACAAAAUGGCCCUUUCAUAUUUAUCGAUUGUUGUCGGCAAAACGAAUCGAUCAAGAGCGCAACCGUGGAUGUGAGAUUGGAAUUUGACACUAUGGAGAACGUACCAGCAAACACCACUGCCUUUUGUUUGAUCUUGCAUGAUCUUUUAAUCGAAUACUGCCCAUUGACCAACGUUGUGCGCAAUAUCACGUAA